CCCCGCGUCUCUCCUCCAUCGCAUUCCACAAUGGCCGCGACAACCUCAAGAAGAGGGUUGUCCCUCCUCUUCUUCUCCUCCUCCUCUUCGCGAGCAGCGCCCUUUGCAUGCCGGUCACCUCAGCGCGGCUUCGCCUCCUCCCCCAUCUCCUCCGCAUUUGCGACCACCAAAUCGCGUGCCGCAACCGCUGCUCCUGCAAAAACCACUACCUCCACCAACCCUGCAGCUGCCUCCACCACUUCCCAACGAACCGUAACACCCAGCUUCCCCGCCAAAGAACCCCCCGUUCCCACCUCCCGCAACACCACCUCUGACAACGCCGCAGCCGCCGCCCGUCAGCAGCGCUCCCUCACCAACGGCCUCUCCGACCAGCCUCCUGAGCUCGAAGGCGUGCCCGCGAUAGACUGGACGCGCUCGUACCACGGGCUGGGAAGUAUCUCGUUCACGCCGGAGCAGCAGGAGGUUCUGCUUGCGCCCAUCGAGCAAGAUGACGUGGAGGUGAAGCCUGAUGGGCUGUUGUAUCUGCCGGAGAUCAAGUACAGGAGGAUAUUGAAUAAGGCGUUUGGGCCGGGCGGUUGGGGGCUUGCCCCCAGGGGAGAGAGCAUCGUGACGGGGAAGCUGGUUACGAGGGAGUACGGGCUUGUUGUGCAGGGGAGGCUGGUGUCAAUAGCUCGCGGCGAGCAACAAUACUUCGACCCUGACGGCAUCCCUACCGCUACCGAAGGCUGCAAAUCGAACGCCCUGAUGCGGUGCUGCAAGGACCUCGGCAUAGCAUCCGAGCUGUGGGAUCCUAGGUUUAUCCGGACGUUCACGAAGCAGAUGACUAAGGAGACCUGGGUGGAGCACGUCACGACCAAGAAGAAGAGGAAGAUUGUGAUGCGGAAGGACGAUACUGUGCGAUAUCCGUUCAAGGAGUCGAAGAUGUAGACGAUCUCUGAACCAUGGAGGAGAUAUGAUAGGACUAGGAACUAGGAGCCGUCGGACAUAUUGGGCGUUCAAUAGCCAGCCUGGGUUGCAUAUAGAGACCCUGUACAAAUAGAGUGUAACAAAAUCAAUCGGUCAUACGUGUCAUACGAAGGACUCUUCUUUAGCUUUC